GCAGUGUGGGUGCCUCGGCGUGGACCCGAGCGGGCGAGCGGGCGGGCGAGCGGGCGGGCUGGCGUCUGGGACUGACACCUUUGGGGGCUCAGAGAUCCCGGGGAGGCGGCUUGCUGCAACUCCUGCUGCCACUUCCGAGCCACGAGGUUCCAGUUGUUUGGCUAAAGUGGCCGUGGGCGAGCACACGCCUCUGCGGGGGCGGUCGUUGCUCAGCGCGUGCUCUCGGAGCCAGGACACAUUUGUCUGAAAGCAGAAAGGUCAUUGGCACUGUUUGGAUCUGGAAUGCCCCUCCCAAAAGUUCCCAACACUUGAUGCUGUUGGGAGGUGGUAAAACCUUUAAGAAGUAGGGCAACAGAGAAUAUUUUUAUUGAGGGUGUGAGCUCAAAAGUUCUGAAAUGCAGCAAGUUUUGGAAAACCUUACAGAGCUGCCCUCAUCUACAGGAGCAGAAGAAAUAGACCUAAUUUUCCUCAAGGGGAUUAUGGAGAAUCCUAUUGUGAAAUCACUUGCUAAGGCUCACGAGAGACUUGAAGAUUCAAAAUUAGAAGCUGUCAGUGACAAUAACUUGGAAUUAGUGAAUGAAAUUCUUGAAGAUAUCACUCCUCUGAUAAGUGUGGAUGAAAAUGUGGCUGAACUAGUUGGCAUACUCAAGGAGCCUCACUUCCAGUCGCUCCUGGAAGCCCAUGAUAUUGUGGCUUCAAAGUGUUAUGAUUCGCCUCCUUCAAGCCCAGAAAUGAAUAUUCCUUCUCUCAAUAAUCAGUUAUUGCCAGUAGAUGCCAUCCGUAUUCUCGGUAUUCACAAAAGAGCUGGAGAGCCAUUGGGUGUAACAUUUAGGGUUGAAAAUAAUGAUCUGGUAAUCGCCCGAAUCCUUCAUGGAGGAAUGAUAGACCGACAAGGUCUGCUUCAUGUGGGAGACAUCAUUAAGGAAGUCAAUGGCCAUGAGGUUGGAAACAAUCCAAAGGAAUUACAAGAAUUAUUGAAAAAUAUUAGUGGAAGUGUCACCUUAAAAAUUUUACCAAGUUAUAGAGAUACUAUUACUCCUCAACAGGUAUUUGUCAAGUGUCAUUUUGAUUAUAAUCCAUUCAAUGAUAACCUGAUACCCUGCAAAGAAGCAGGACUGAAAUUUUCUAAAGGAGAAAUUCUUCAGAUUGUAAACAGAGAAGACCCAAAUUGGUGGCAGGCUAGCCAUGUGAAAGAGGGAGGAAGUGCUGGUCUGAUUCCAAGCCAGUUCCUGGAAGAGAAGAGAAAGGCAUUUGUUCGCAGAGACUGGGACAAUUCAGGACCCUUUUGUGGAACUAUAAGCAACAAAAAAAAGAAAAAGAUGAUGUACCUCACAACCAGGAAUGCAGAGUUUGAUCGUCAUGAAAUUCAGAUCUAUGAGGAAGUAGCAAAAAUGCCACCCUUCCAACGGAAAACAUUAGUGUUGAUUGGAGCUCAAGGUGUGGGCAGAAGGAGCUUGAAGAACAGGUUCAUAGUACUGAAUCCUGCUAGGUUUGGAACAACGGUGCCAUUUACUUCACGGAAACCAAGAGAAGACGAAAAAGAUGGACAAGCAUAUAAAUUUGUGUCCCGAUCAGAAAUGGAAGCAGAUAUUAAAGCUGGAAAGUAUUUGGAGCAUGGGGAAUAUGAAGGAAACCUGUAUGGAACUAAGAUUGACUCUAUUCUCGAAGUUGUCCAAACCGGACGGACUUGCAUUUUGGAUGUCAAUCCACAAGCACUGAAAGUGUUGAGGACUUCUGAAUUCAUGCCUUAUGUGGUAUUUAUUGCUGCUCCAGAGCUAGAGACUUUGCGUGCCAUGCACAAGGCUGUGGUGGAUGCAGGAAUCACCACCAAGCUUCUGACGGACUCCGACUUGAAGAAAACAGUGGAUGAAAGUGCCCGAAUUCAGAGAGCAUACAACCACUACUUUGAUUUGAUCAUCGUAAAUGACAAUCUUGACAAAGCCUUUGAGAAACUACAAACUGCCAUUGAGAAACUGAGGAUGGAGCCACAGUGGGUCCCAAUUAGCUGGGUGUACUGAUGAUUCAAUAAGAUUAACAGUUAAAUAAAACUUUAAAACAGUGACUCAAGUAAACCUUCUGCUGGGAGAGCACAGGCAGAGGUGGACGGUGGCUGCCGUAUCUAGGCAUUUUUACUGUGUAGAUUGAAAUAACAGUGCACUAGGAGGAAUUUUUAUAUAUUUGUGGUUGGGAAGGUGUACUAAUAUAUAAUUUCUCUUAAUUUUUCUAACUUUUUAUGGAUAAAACCUUUCUAUUCAUACCAUAUAAAGAAAUGCGUUCAAGCAUUUUGUAAGUUUUGAUUUAGUACCCUUAUCUUUUUCAUCAAAGGAAUUUUCAAAUCAUUCUCUCCAACAUUGAUCUCACAUUUUCACUGUGAUAAUGAAUACUUGAAAUAGUUUUGUAAUGCUGUCAUUCUCAUAAGUGGUUAGUGAAGGGUCAGUUAUUCUCUUAUUAGAAGAAAAUAGUAGUUACUGACCUUCAUCAAACUCCUUACAGAAGCAGAAUUUAAAUAUCAGUGCUACAGCUAGUCCACUACUAUCUUAAUCUGUCCAGUGCCACCUCUUAUUCCAGAGUAUGGCUGUUCAUUCUUAUUUGUACAGAUAACUCAGCUCCCCACCCCCAUCUCUCUCUAGUGAAUACAGUGAAGAGCAAUAGCUUGCACUCUCUAUGGGAUUAUUCUUUUCAUUGUGGCAAUGAUGUGCUGAUGCCGAUUAAUGUUGCAUAUUAGCUAUGGAAGCUCGGGUGGAAGCAUGGUCAUGCACAGAGAGUGCCUUAUCCUGCAAAACUUAACUUAGAGAAAGUUUACUUAUUUUCAAAUAUAAAAUUUCAAACCUAUUAUUUCAGUUUGGUUUUUUUUAAGAAUAGUCAGCAAAAAUAUGCCUGUGCAAAUGUUUGUGGUAUUUAAAGAUGUCUCUAAGCUGCAAGCUGUUUGUUAAUCAUCAAAUGUGAUUUCUGAAACAGGAAGUUAGGGUAUUUGUUCUCUGUUUUGUCAAAAACCAAAUCCAUUGAACAGUUUACAAGAUUUGGAAAUAAUUGCCAGCUAUUCAUAUGUAUACACACCUAGCAUUCAUUAUGUAAUAUAUACUAAAUAAUGUUCUAUACUCUUUAGAUUUCUGUUAAGAAGUACACUGUUUUAAAGAUUAGAAAUGAAGUCCUUUAGCUGCAUUGACACAGCGUACUGAUUUCCACGUUCACCUUGGUUGAUAACCUCCCCUAGGAUUCCUGAAUGGUACAUGUUCUUCCAUAAACACUGACACUUAGUGAUGCAACUCAUCACUGGACUUAGUUCACCUUAGUUUAUAUUGCUGCCAGCUUUUCACAGUCAGAAGAGUCACACUUUAAAGGGUUUGGUGCCUAAAUAUUGAUGAGUGUCUUUGGUGACAGGCUCUAGACACCUGACUUCUGAUUUUGGCUUUCCCCUUAUCAGAGUUAUAUAUCCAUCUAUAUGAAGAUUGAUGUAGCUAUACACAGACAUGCACACAAAGGUACUUAUAUAUGGUAAGAAGCAAUAUUAUACAUUGUUUUAAAUUACUUUCAUAAUAAAACACCUAAGUUACUGUAUUGUUAAUAAUAGUAAUCUGCAGGCUUUUACAUUUUAAUUCUAGAAUUUCAUAGCCAAAAUUCUUUUUCCUUUUUUUUUUGGGGGGGGGGGCAGGAAAUUGUUAACAAAAUGGAUCAUACACUUAAUAACUUUGUAAACUAAAUGUGUUUGCUAAAAUUCAUGGAUUCUCAUAGCAACAUGAGUCAGCACUGUAUUUGCAUGGCUCCUUGUAACCUAGUGUUUCAACACACUGUAAUAUAAGUUUGGAGAGAAAGUUCAGUGCUUUGCUCACAGAAAAUGUGCCGUAUUCCCCAGUGUACCUUCAUGCUGUCUCAUAAAGCCUUUCUAAGCUGCUUUGGGAAAAUUAUAUCAGCAAAGCAGUUCUGUCCAUACAAUAUUUCUACCAUCUGGGUCCAAUAGAAACAAUAGUUACAUAUCUUUCUCUUGUUAAAUAUAAAAAUGCAUAAUGUCUGGAGUAUCAUCUGUACUUAACAUUGUUUCUGUUAUAAAUGGUACUCGUGAUUCAUCAACAUAGCCCCAGUAGAUUUCUCCUGAUGAAAUGAUAGUUUUGCUCAUUAUAAUAUAGAUGCGAAUAUUAAGAAAAAACAACUCUUUCUCAGUGAAAAAUCACCAAAUUUGAAACUCAAGUUCCCAUCAGAGUCUAUAGAAAUCAUCAGCCUCACACAAAGAUUGUUCCUCGGUAUUGUGAUGAAGGAAAUGUAGACUUCUCUCAUGGGAAGGGCCUAACAUACAGACUUAUUUAUAAUAGCUUUACUGAAGAUGAAAGGGCAGAGGUGGUGUUCAAUAAUUGGUAAUAGUUAAAAAAAAUAUAUACACACACAUGCAUGUGCUUUGGGAAGACAUACAUGUAUCCAUAAGUGUACUAAAAGAUGAGUGUCUACAUUCAGCAUUCAGGGCGUGGUUAUUUCUUUACAACUAAUGGUUAUAUGUAUUAUUUUAUAUUCAAAUGUGCAAAUGCCUGUAGAAAUGAUGUCUCUGAACAAGUCCUUUACCCUUAGCCAAUGGAGUAUAUUUAAUACCCUAUAGUAGAAUUUUCACCUUCGGUAUUACAGUGCUUUUACUGUACAGUCUCCAUUUCUGUUUUUUAGUUAAUAUCUGAUGUCAAAUACAGCAAAAGUGUUUGUUUUGUCUGACUUGAUCCAGUUGCUGACCGUAGCUUUCUGAAAUAGAAAUCAUCAUAAACCACAUAGGACUGAACCCUAGAUCCUAGAGUCUGCUAGUGUAUGGUAAGUUGUAAAACACUGCCUUUAAAGUGGUGAUUUGGUUAUUAUUUAGAAAAUAGCUCAAGAUAGCAGUAAAAUCCAGUAGCAGGACAUUGAUUAUGGCCAAGUACUAAUCUAGCCAAAAUGAUGAUUAUGCCAGACCUAGUAAUGCAUGCACCUAGGAGGCUAAAGUAGGAGGAGUGCAAGCUGGAAUCCAGCCUGGGUAACAUAGCAAGCCCCGGCUCAAAAACAAAACAAAAACGGGCCCAGGGCUAUAAUUGGCAGAGUAUGUACCUAACACAUUUGAGAUACCAGCAACCCGAGAAAUGACCCUAACUCCAAAACAACACUCAUUUUAUAUAUCAAGUAUCAUGAUCCAGUGAUUGAAGUUAAUUGUCAAGGCCACAGAAUUAGUUAUAAUUAUUUUAAAUGGGUAAAUUGAAAAUGUAAAAAGUUUGAAACAGUCCUCCAUUAUACAGAAUUACAGGGUUGAGGGUUCUACCUCCAUAGUAACUAAUCUUUAUAUUAAAUAUGGAAAAGGCAGUUCUCAAGUUUGUGUACAUAAAUAGUUCAUUUUGUAAAAACGUGUGUGUAUCUAUCUAUCUAUAUAUAUCCAUACACACACACACAAAGCUAUGUGUAUAAUAUAUAACAUUCUUACAAAAUUCAUGAGUAAUAAAGCUAGAUAUAUUUGCCCACAUGUUACAGCUAGUGUUCUAAGAUCUUUAAUUACUUUUAGAUUCGUAAAUAUUCUGGCCCUAUAUAAGGUUCUCUUAAAAGGCUUUGGCUCCACCUUGGAGCUGACUCUAAUCCCCUCUCUGAAUAUUCUAUUAACUAGAGAAACUAAGCUCAGAAAAUUGUCACUUAUUAUUAGAAUUUAAUUUUCUUAAAAAAAAAAAAAAAACAGAUUUUUGCAUGGAGGACUCUUGGGAAAUACUUCCUUAAAUUUUCCAGUGAAAUUGUGCUGUGAUUUAGACUUAAAGAUUACAGUGCCCGCCCUCCUCUUGUUCCAAGGGACUUGCUGUGAGAAUUCUUAUAACAUCUGUAAUGUAUUUGGAGUUCUUGAAAGAAAUUUAGUAUUUUAAAUAAUGAGAUUAUUGUAUAUAACUGAAUAUAUACAGAUUUUUUUCACGAAUACAUUUAAUGAAAAAUUCAGCAUCAUAUUGGUCUUUUUGUAAGUAUAUGUGGUAUACCUGAAGAAGAUGAUAAUUCUCUAGUUUUUUAAGGUAAGGUUAUUUUUAAAUUGUAUUCUUGUUUUAGCUUUUAAAGUUAUAUUCUUUUAAAAAAUAUUUAUCAUAUUUCCAUCUCGUUACUUUGAAUCCUGGAGGGACUUUUGAAAAACUCAAAGAAUCACACAUCUUUAGUGGACUGAAAAACGAGAGAAUGGCCGGGUGCUAGUGUUACACACCUUUAAUCCCAGCACUUGGAAGGCAGAGGAGGUGAAUCUCUGAGUUCAAAGCCAACUUGGUCUACAGAUCAAGUUCUGGGGUAGCCAGAGCUGUUAUACAGAGAAACCCUGUCUUUGAAGGGAAAAAAAGUGAGGGCAUGAUGCUCUCUUUGCUAAGGUAAGCACAGUUGGUUUGGACCACUUGGGGAAACAUGACAAGAAUGUCUUAAAAACUCGUCUUUUAUGAUAAGAGUAAAAAUAGUUGUACUGCUUCUGAUGACUAAGAUCCUCCUGCUGACAUUUCCUCUCCCUUUACCUUCUACAUGUUAAGUAAGGUAAUACUGUCUUCAUCUUAACUCUGAGGGGUAACUGAUUGUGCUGUGGUAAUGAGGCUUUGAGACUACUUAUUAAAUGUGUUCUCUCCCCGA